AUUGCGGCUGCGUGACGUCACCGCCCAUCCCCAGCAGGCACGAGAGGCGCAGUUGAAGAGUUCGCGCGAGCGGGCGGCGUCGUCGGCGCUGUGAAGAGGGGGGACGACGUGGAGACAAACAGCAACCCGAGCGGCCAGAGAACGCGGCUUUCACCACCACCACCACCUCCUCCUCCCUCCUCGUCUUCUUCUUCCACGCCGAGUCGCUGCGGACCCACAGACGCGGCGAGCUGGAAGGCAGCAGCCAAGUGGCGACAGUCCGUGUAUGCGCAUGUGAGCGUAUUUUUUGCUGAGUCAGGAACGAGCGAGUGAACAAGUAGGCGAGAGAGCGUACGCGUGUGUGUGUGCGAGCGCGUGGACGAAGCGGUGUGGGCGCGCGAGCGAGUGGGUUGAGUGGCUCUGUGAGUGGGCGAGCGCGCGCGUCCCCCCUCGGACCCUCGGCAGACAUGCCCCUGUUCGGCAAGUCCCACAAGACGCCGGCGGAGGUGGUGCGCCACCUCAAGGAGAGCCUGGCACAGCUGGAGAAGCAGGACAAGAAGGCGGAGAAGGCGAGCGAGGAGGUGUCGAAGAGCCUGGCGGCGAUGAAGGAGAUCCUCUACGGCACGGGAGACAAGGAGCCCCAGCCGGAGGCUGUGGCUCAGCUGGCCCAGGAGCUCUACAACAGUGGCCUCAUCCCCGUGCUCAUUACACAGCUGCAGCGCAUUGACUUUGAGGGCAAGAAGGACGUGGCACAGAUCUUCAACAAUAUUCUCCGACGGCAGAUCGGCACUCGCUCCCCCACCGUGGAGUACAUCUGCGCCAAUCCCAGUCUGCUCUUCAUGCUGCUCAAGGGCUACGAGACGCCGGAGAUCGCACUCAACUGCGGCAUCAUGCUGCGCGAGUGCAUCCGCCACGAGCCACUCGGCAAGAUCGUGCUGUGCUCGCCGCAGCUCUACGACUUCUUCCGCUACGUCGAGGUCUCCACAUUCGACAUCGCCUCCGACGCCUUCGCCACCUUCAAGGACUUGCUGACCAGGCACAAAAUUAUCUGCGCAGAGUUUCUGGAAGAGAACUACGACAAGGUGUUUGGAGAGUACGAGAAACUGCUCAACUCGGAAAACUACGUGACCAAGAGGCAAUCUCUGAAGCUCCUGGGAGAGCUGCUGUUGGACAGGCACAACUUCACCAUCAUGACACGCUACAUCAGCAAGCCCGAGAACCUCAAGCUCAUGAUGAACCUGCUGCGCGACAAGAGCCGCAACAUCCAGUUCGAGGCCUUCCAUGUCUUCAAGGUGUUUGUGGCGAAUCCGAACAAGCCGCAGCCCAUCCUUGACAUCCUGCUCAAGAACCAGAGCAAGCUGGUGGAGUUCCUCUCCAAGUUCCAGCAGGACCGCACGGACGACGAGCAGUUCACCGAAGAGAAGAACUACCUCAUCAAGCAGAUCCGUGAGCUCAAGAAGCCGGCGCAGUGACGAGUGCGCACAGGCAGGCGGGCGGACGGGCAGGUGGGCGAGCGGGCGGGCGAGACGCAGGGAGGGGCAGACACGUGCACGCGCGUGCGUGAGUGCUCGCGGGUGUGUUCGUUUGUGGAUGCGUGUGUGCGCUGACGCGGCGAUGCUGGUGGGUAAAAGUAGGGGCACCGCGCACGGGGCUGCCCCUUGCUGCUUGGCACUCCCCCCCCCAACCCUCCCACAACAGUGUGCGGUACGUGUACCACGGUGCAGUUUGCAGUACAAAUACCAUAGUACAUCGCAUCACUCGCUGCCUGCCAUGCAUAGUGUGCAGUGCAUGUACCACGGCACGGCGCUCGCCCUGCGGCACAUCUCGCAAUGUGUGUACACCAUAGCACGCGACACCCUGCUAGCAGAGGUUUCUCUGCAACCGUAUGGCUGCGUCGCAGUCCCCUGUACUCUUCCGUACUCCUCUUCCGUACUCCUCUCCCGACUAGCGCAGCUUUGAUUACACAGCACGGAGUUUCCUCACGAGUGCAGCGUACGUCGUCUACUUUGCACCACAGCUUCUUGUAGUACUUGCCCUGCGGCAGCAAUGGCGUGUGACGUCUGUUCCGCAGUUUGCGUAGCACCCCCCCUCCUCCACAUUGAUUAGCUCCUUUUGCCUCCACCACAGUACACUGUGCCUUGCUGCAGCGCGCACUUGAGCACAGCGCCACCCCAUGGUGCUUUAGUGCGCCGAACCCACGCCACACCGCACCAUGGGCGAUGCAGGCCCUAGCACGCAGCUCCCCGUGCCACUCGCCCAUACCUGGGCGACUCAACUACGCGGUCUCAUCGGUUCCGUGGCGCUAUCGAUUCUGGUAACUGGUCAGGCCAGUUAAGUAUCGUUAAACUAUGACUCAAUUUCCGUACAGGCAGAUACAACGUUUAAUUUAGUCCAUUACAUUUUGCCCAAAAUGUUUAAUGGACUAAAGCAGCACUUAUCCAAAAAUGUGAACUGGAGACCCAGAAAAUCGUACAAAUCUCUUCAGUUGUGUGCUAUGCGAGACCAUUAAGGGAGCGAGCGCUCGACAGUCGCCGCCUGCACUGGCCACUGAACCGGUUCAGCACGGUUACAUUCCCGACCGUAGCCGUGCGAGUUCCUCCGGCGCGGCUAUCGCCACCAGAAGGGGGCACACCGUGCUCACGUUAACAUGAACAAGGCUGUGACAACAAUUGACGAGAGUGGACCUCUUGCGUGCCUGCAAUCGUGACGGCCCGAAUCGAUCCCUAACUUGAGAAAGGAAACGUUACGAAAUAUUAAACGAUAUCACCAAAUUAUUCACCAUUUAUAAAGCAAAAAAGUUAGUUUUAUUUCACCAAUGUCUUGGUGAAAAGAGAAAGGGGUGAAUCUCGACAGGUUUUCUCGGUUGUUGGCUUGAGUCGGCUGACAGCGUGAUACGUGUACACACGUGACGCGUGUUAGCACAUGCGACAUGUACAUAUGCAAUAUGUGUACGCACGUAUCACAUGUAUGCAUGUGGUCCGUGUAACGUGUGAUACGCACGCGGCGCUUGUUAACGUGCGGGAAGUACACAUGCGCGCAUACACCCGUAACAUGAACGCACGCAGCGAGGGGUGGUAACGGUCGCAGUGCGUGUCGGCGUUCGUGUCCAAAGGAGAAUGUAAACAAAACUUUGAUUCCGCCUCAACCCCCCCCCCCCCCCCGAAGUUGGUUAGACCAACGUGAAUAAUCAAAUGAACUCGUCCCGAUGUUGCAUCUGGAGGGACUGGAUUGCUAUGGCUAAGAAAGGCAUGAGCCUGUGCAUGCAUCUUGAGAUAUUAAAUGCACGCGCACAUGUGUGCGCGUGUGUGUAAACGAACACGGACAGUGUGGUAGCCUAGUGCAUUGUCCCACCACGCACGUGCUGCUCCUGCUCACCACAGUAUAUAUAUAUACACACACUACAUAUAUCUAUAUAUAUUGCACAUGUACAUUGCAUAAUGGUACUUGUGCAGAUAUAUUCUGUAUGUUUGUGUGUAUAUAUAUUGUAUACGUUUGUGCCGUUGUCAUUAACAAACUGUCUUAUAACCGAAAGAGCCAACGUGUUGGGCAAGGUACCCUUCAGCAUGUAUUAAUUUUGUAUAUUUUAGUUAUAAGGCAGUGUUAUUAAUUACAAUGGUGCCAAAGAAGUUUGUGUUUCAUUUGCUACACCGCUGCUAAUGCAGUCCCUGAAAUUUUGAUGAUUCAUGUGGACAUACAAUACACAUGCAGUGUUCAAUACGUUGUACAUUUUUGUGGCCACGAGGUUUGUCAAUCAGCCACCAAUCGCUCCGUGCAUCAACCUCCGUUGAUUUGAAUGCCGCAUGCUCUUAACGUGGAUUUUCCGCCGUUGGGAUGAUCGUUGGCCGUGGCGCUGCCCUCUAUUCCUGGGCCCUCAAUAUCCCUGGGCCCGCAAACCCAAGAUGCGCGUCGCUACUGCUUGCGGGUGCCGCUAAUGCCGCCACCGCUGCCACCGCUGCCACCGCCGGGCACUAGAACAUGGACUCGAGAUGCCAAUGGUGCGGCUCCCCUCACCCAUGGCACGACCUCCCCCGCCGUGCAACGCCAGCAGAGCACGCGGCUCGCCAUCACAGCAUCACAAGUUAACAUCGAGCUGUCAGCGCUCGACUAAUCCCGUCGUCGUCGUUGUGGUCGUCAUCCAGCCCCCUGACAAAAUCGAGUGUUGUCCACUUUAUGGGAAGCAAACAUGGUCCUUUGGAUAAGAUUGCCCUGAAUCAUGGGAAUGUGGAAUUUCCAGCACUUGCUCGGGACUGCUCGUGAGAGAUGAGCUUUGCCGUGACGAGCUCAUGUGAUGGCUGCCAAUUAGACUAAACACCAACGUCCCACAGUGCUCAAAUGAGCAUCGAUCAUUGCUCGUCUGUUCUCAGAUCCGUAACCAGGAAUGGAAAUUUCACAUUUCUUUGACCGAGGCCAAUUUAUAAGCAACUCAACCAAUACUGUGACUUACCAGCUCAAAGUAGUGCAGCCUUCUCACUAAAUGGUGCUCAUUUAUUUGACUGAUUUUGGAGGAAUGACAAUGAUGAUGAUUUAUUGGCCAGGAUAUUAACCCGUGCAGUGACUGUCAUUCGUGACGUUGGUGCCCUACGCACAGUCUUCCCAGCCUAUGGGAUAUUAAUAGUUCGAAUAUUAACAGCACAGUCCGUAAAAUAGCAUAACGUCCGAGUUCUCCCAACUGAAAAGCCUUUGCCCGAUGGGUAGUUCAGGGUUGAAUAAUGAAAGUACAGGUUAAAAUUAUAAAACAAAAAUUAUCCUAAGAUUCUAGAUUCAAAUCCAGCCAUUGCCGUACGAUUUAACCCGUGUCCUCAACCGUAGCCAAGGUUUGGUUUGGGCCCAUUCGCAAUAAAUGCAAAUACAGUUUUUUCCCCCCGACCUGCUUUCGAUCUGCAGGACAGCGGUACGACUGCAUUUGGCUUUUGACGAGCAGCGAAUUGUUCGCCGCAGGACAUGAAGGGGAGGGUGCCCUGUGCGGCGUUCGAAGUAACUCGGUUAACCAUUUUUGCAUCGUCAUGUUCGGGGGGGUGGGGGGGCAAGAGUGGGUGGGGGCGGCCUUGACAAUUGUGACUUUUAUUAAGUUUGCAAAGCGAUUCUAUUAAUAGCACGACUGAGAUAGAAUUGGUAAGGAGAGUAAAAAAAAAGUGUUUAAUUGACCUUCACCAACUGGCUACUGCGGUGCCCUGAAGGCGGUGUUGGCGGCGAAGUUGUGGCAGGGGGCUAACAGCGCUGCAGCUUUCCCCCUCGGUGAUGGGGCCCGUUGCUUUGACGCCGCUUCGCAGAAGCAAAGGGAGGGUGGGGGCGAAGAAAUUUGCUCUCCUCAAAAACGUGACCACGGAAACAACUCCUCCCGCAAUUGUACAUUAACCCUCUCGCUCGUCCGAAGCACACAUUCAUUGUCAAUGUUUUCCCGCUCUUUGUUCAUAAUGUUGAAUGAAAAACGGUCUCACAACCCUUCUAACAUUUCUGGUCAUUGUAACUAUUUAUUGGCGCAGAGUUAGUGGUGUGAUAAAGAUAAAAAAAUGCAAAGUUUUUUUGUUGUUUUCCGAUGAUUUUUGUUCAAUGGGUGGGGGGGGGGGUUUGAAAUGUUAAUUAAAUAUAUUUCUUAUUUUAAAGUGCAUUCAAAAGAAAGGGCAGCUUUAGCUUAACAAAACAUUCUAAAGAGCUACUGAUACAAUAAUAAAACUGGGGGGGGGGAGGGAGGGGGACCUACCAAGAGUGACGCCUCCCAUGUUCAUUUCUCGUCGCGUGGCCAAGGACACAUUUUUCUCCCGAUCUAUCGUCGCAUCGGCAUAUUGCAAUGGCGAAUCCUUGUGAUGUUAUUGGAAAAUGCCGCCAGCUGAAGGGGAUACAAAUUUGUAAAGAAAUCCCCUCUUCAGUUGCAAGGAAGUUGAUCUGUAUCAUUGCUCACAAUAUCCCCCAUUUCUGAUAUCGAUUUGGACACUGCUACCGGUUGUCUAAUUCAGCUCCCCCCAUCCAGCAAGGCCACAGGAUUGAGCCACGCGCAAUAAAAAAAUGAAACUAAAUGCGAGGCAUCACCUUUGGUCUGCCCCCCCAGCCCAUGUGAAAGACAUCGCUGCUCGCAGGAGAGUGUUUAUUUUUUCUGAACGUUUUAACGUGGCAAAAGUCGCAGCAUUGAUGAGCGUAAUUUUUUUUGUACCUCGGCUUCGUUUUUUUUCUCCUGCCUUUUCUCUUGUCUGCCUCUCGCCAAGUCACUCCUUAUGAUUGUAAACUUUGAUUAUAUAUGUCACGUAUAAGGUACACGCUUUGUUUUUUCCGGAGUUUAAAUUUGUAUCCUUUUUUUGUUUGUGCCUGCUUAAGCAUGAAUUACUUAGACCUGAAUCCCCCCACCCCACUCCUGGAGUGUAGAAGGUGUGGCUACUGAUGGUUCGGGGUCGAGGUUAAUGGAAGGGGACCGGUCCAGUCUGGUGGUACUGGGUGGCAGUAGCAACCCCCCCCCCCCCCAUAAUUAGUCUUGAUGUGUGUUGUUAUUCUAUUUAGAGACGCGAUACCCACUCACUGCCACUAAUAUAAUUUGCCCCAAAGUAAGUUGUUGGUUUAGAAGCAAUAAUAUAGGCAUGUCCUCAAAGAGAGAAUUAAUCGCGAUGUAGGCAACAUGAACAUUGUUGCUUAUUGAGCAUUCAAAGUCAAAAACCAAUGUCUCCAUAGGUUUAAUGAGCAUGGGCAGCCCUAAGCCGAUUGAGCAAAUUCCACAUUCUGUGUGGUGAGGGGGGAAGAACCGGUCUUUUGUUGAAACUCAUCGACCCUCGAGGGGGAUUUUAACUCGUGAGUUGGUUUCUCCGCUGCAUCAACACACAUUUCCCCGUGGUGGGAGGACCGGCCGUCCAGUGCGCCGCAGCGUUGAUAUCGCCCCCUUGAAAUCGGCACCGCUUCUGUGGACUGAGACGGUGGAUUAGCAGCAACCCGAGGUAUCGCGGUGUCCGUGUCAAGCACGAUGUUUGCUGCAGGCUGAGCGAGGGAUCUCUCCCAGCCGCGAGGUGCAAAGUUCUGAAUUCUGCAUUUCAUGCCCUCCCUUUCUGUCCCGUGCGUGUGCUCCGAUCGAAAUUCCUUAUUCGGCGCGGUAACAAUUCACUGGGCAAAGUUUCUUCGUUCGAUCACGGCGCGUGUGUGUCGGAUCGUUACCAUCGAGAACUGAAUAUUUUACGAUUCGUGCAGAGUGUGAAGAUCGCGGGUACGUGUGUGUUACGGUGAAGACUAAUGGAGCAAACGAGACUUUGGGGGGCUCGGCGCGGAGUGGCGCCCUGUUAUUCCAGCUGUUGCAAGAGAGACCUGGGGAAGUUGUCAUCACAUUUUUUGUGUCAAAUACACUUAUUGAAAAUCUAUUUCGACUCGCGAGCUGCUUCGUCGCUGGUGUUUUAAUACCCUGCCCUUGCGAGGUGACGAUGUCGUACGGUGGGGCUUUUAACAACGACGGUUUGUGGGAGACAGUCUAGUUUGGUUGGUGAUGACUGAUGGUAGCCUUGCAUAUCUAAGGGGUGGCAGGCAGAUGGGUGAUCGCCCCCCUUCCUUCCCUCUUGAGGCCCCGAAAUUUGGCUUCUUAUUCAUAUUCAGAGUACAUUGAAUAUAUGUAUUAUUAUGUAUAAUAGUUUUUUUUUGGUUUGGAUUGCGUAAAUAUAAAUGUCGUUAAACCCGCCAUUACCCAACGCAGCAAUUUAGUAAGGUUUGUCACGUAAAUAAAACUUUCCAAUUUGUUACUCGUUCAGCACAUCGGUGUGCAACUACCGUUGGGUUUACUCAUGUUUUAUUUAAGUGACAAACCUUACUAAUUGGCUGUGUUGGGUGGUGGCGGGUUUAAUGACACGUUUAUACUUACACGAUCUAACCCCAAAAAAAUAUCUUACCGAUAAUAUUGGUAGUCAAAGCCUACGUGUUAAACUGCUUUUGUUAUUAUUAAUGUGCAUCCCUAUUCGCACAUGUUGACAUUUUGGGACUCCCCCCCACCCCCUCGCCAGGGAAGUUUAUAGAUCUGCCUCUGCUCACAGAUUUCCCUGUCGUAGCAUAAAUUGCAGCAUUGCCUGCACAGACAAGCUCAACAAUGAGUAAGCUCAACCAUUACGAUAUCCAGCCACUUAUUUGAGAGACAGCUCAUCACUAGCAAUUCAAGAAACCAGCAGUCGGUUCCAAAUAUACGAUUGGGCGCCACGGUGGUGAGAUGUUAACUACCUCACCUGGUAUACAGGAGGGUCAUGGGUUCCAUCCCGAUCCUGACACUUGUAUAUUUGGAGUUUGCAUGUUCUCCCUGUGGUCGCGUGAAUUUGUCUCCGGGUCCUCCAGUGUUUCCCUCCACAUUUAGAAUUAACAUGCAUUUAAGAGUAUUUGGCUGCUAUAAAUGUCCACGUGAUGGUGAUAAUCCACUUUGUUGAUGGCCAGGUCGCUUCUGAAAAAGAGUUAUACAGCUCAGUGGGCCUUACCUUGUAAAAUAAAAAACAUUAGUUUAAAGUUUAUCCCCUCCCCCCCUACAUAUACAACUUGCUCCUGUGAUUGUCGGUAGUCUGUCAACACGUUGUUAUCCAACGCUCACGGUAUCAGUUGAAGGCCGAUAAGAAACACCUAAAGAGACGAGCGAGUGCACAACUUCAUUAGGUUAGUUACGCGAUACUACGGCACAUAACUAAUGACACAGUGCAUGCACGGUGGCCGACAUGGAAAUGUUGGACGUUCCCGGCGUGAAGCCUAUUCAUCACGCAGCCCACGUUCACUGCAGAAAUAGGAUAAGGAAUAGCGACUGUUCUGACAAGUUCCAGUAUACGUGUUUUGUCGCUGUGUAAAGUGCUGGUUGCGGCAUACCGGCACGUCCAACACUAUGUACACAUUAAUAUUAGUAAUGCUGCAUUAAUUAUCGCUACACAUUGUCCACGUGUCUCGCUUGUGGAAAGAGCUGUUGUGCUGGUGGAGGGGCGUCGGGGGGUGGGAGAUGUCUCUCGUUGGGUUAAAGUAUGGCGCAGUGUUAAUUAAACCUUCUUGUGCCGACGACCUUGUGCUGACGAAUCGUGCGAGCACAGCCAGCAUACUUUUUUUUAUUUGCAACGCCUACACCUGCAGGGCUUUUUAGUGCUUAGUCAGGCAGUACAGUAAGUAGUUUUCCCGCGGUCUUGUUCGGUGCAGCGUAGUUUUACAAGUUCCCGCGACUGCGUUCUUUCCCACGGCUUGCACUUGGCACUCGGGAUUUCCCCCCCAAAAGGUGCGAAGUAAACAUGAACAUUGCUCAGCGGAAUUUGUCAAACAAUGCGAUUUGGGAUUGCGGAAAGAAUUAAGGUUUUUCUCCCGGUGCUCUGGUUGCCUGCCACAUGUAUAAUAAGCACUUAUUGGCUCGAACACAUCUUACUAUGUAGAGGACUGCAGAGCUCUGUAGUGCCGGCUCGCCACCUGGCUGCUGCCUUCCAGCUGGAGUCUGUGGUUCCUCUGUGAUGUGGGGUGCAAUUUGCAUGAACGACGAUGCUGUUGUAAAACUUAAGCAUUGGGAAUGAAUAUAAGAAAAAUGAAUACAAUACUCGCGGAAUGACAAUACACAACACUGCAUGAAGGUUGAGAGGUCUCUCUUGAAUUGUGCGAUGAGCUUUUCCCACCUGGUUGAAAUAAAGGAUGCUAGAUUGAGCUGAAUUUGGGGGAAAGACACAGACAUGAUGAUGGCCAUUGGUGGAUACCGCACUCAGUUCCCGAUACCUUGUCAGGAUCGUGGGAAGCGCCCAGUACCACUGGGUACUGCUCCAAUGAGCAAUUGCCUAUAUUCUCAUACUGAGGCCAGUAGCUGGUAUUGGGCAAUAUCCAUUGAAUGUGAGGAGUUAUCAAAAAAUCUUAGGCUUGACAUAAGCGCUGGUGCUACAUCAAAAGGGGUGGAUAUUCAGUAACAAAUGUGAGUUACGGAUUUACCACAUUUCAUAGAACAAAACAAUAACAUGUAUGAAAUUGUGUUUUUGGAUCAACUGAAACUGGGAAAUGUGGACGUUCCAGACACAUCCGGCAAAAUUCCAUUGCAGGCCUACUUCGUCGUGACUUCAACUUUUUUUUACCAGUUUAAGGAUCACCCGUGCGAAAGUAAUGUGACAAGCAACCGUGUCAUAGGAGGAAGUGGUGGGGGCAGGGAAGCCGUGUGCUUUGCAGUUAUAGUGGACUGGAGAACAGUAUCAUACAGGUCCGUAUCUCUUUUUUUUCCAAUCAUUCCUGGCCCAUAUGUCUCAAAACAGCACCUGCUGUAAACUAAUUUUGGAAUGUAAUAAAACCUGUCAUUGGUGGAGCAAGAGAGUGAGAAAGAACAUUGCAUUGAUAGCAAGUCCCAGAUCUCAAGACUGGUUAUCGCAAUACGUGCAGGUACAGCUACUGCUGGCAUUGGCCGGCCUUUAACGGUUGUGCAGGACUGGACAUCAGGAGGGGGGACACUGACGGCCAUGGUGUCUGAAAAUCGUCCGUCCCUGGUGAAUACACGCACGAGAUGGCAGCGUGUAUCCUGUGCUCGGCUCUGUGCUAUAAUAGCGAUUGUUUGCAUUGUCCUGAAUGGGUUUAGAUAGCAACGCUCGCUCUGUGUGCCUGCUGUAAUUAAUAUAAUUAUCUGUAAACGUGCAUUAGUUUAAUUGCGAUGAAUUUUAUAUUCUUGUAGGGGUCAAUAAACUGUAAAUUGCCAAUCUGUGGUCUUGGGAUUUUGAUUUGCAUUGAAAGUGUUAGACGAAUGCCAGAGCCUGCGUUCAUGUGUCCGCGUGUCCUAACUGGUUGCGAAUCGGUUUGCUCGCUGCGCCAAGUACCGAACGGCCUACGCAAUUGUAAACAUUGGAGCGGGAGUGAUGAUGUCGUCCGCGGAACUCUACUUUUCUCACGUCAAAUUUUUGUAGCCUACGCAAAUUGCCUUCCCGCUUCGAUGUAUGCAGUGUUUCUGUGCUCGGGCCCCUGGGUUCGAUUCCCAGCCGCGCACAACGUAAGUGGCAACUCGCGCUCGCUUGGGGCCUCCCCAAGGUUGACCCAGGAUUUAAUUUGAGUACUUGAUGCAGAAUGCGGACAUCAGAAUUGGAGAGAGACAAAGGAGGUCAUGCAUCAUUCUAACCACACCACCCCUGCGUGAGAGAAUAUGUGGUCCAUGGCCCAGAGUGGAAAUUUGUACCCCUUAAGGAUUAAGAACUUUAGUAGUACCGAUUGACGUGACUAAUAAGAGUGGGUUAUUUGAUCACCCACUCAUUCCAAAUGAUUAUCACAAAAUUCACUUUUACUGACCACGUGAAGAAAUUGGAACCCGUAAGAGAUGUGGCGGCGGUUGCUGCUGCGGUGCCCCCUGUAGCCCUCUGUUGAUGCGGCGGUUGCUGCGUAGUGGUUGUUGAAGAUACAGCUGGACAGGCUGCAAAACCUCCAUCGGGAGCGGCAUUUGCAGCAGAUGUUGCGGCAUCUGUUUCACGAGCUGGCCGUGCCACCCGGAGGCGGCAGCUAAAGAAGCAGUUGAGCCUCCCUUAACAGACGUGGCAUCGGCGGUGGUUGCUGUGGUGCCUCGCGCUUCUGCUCUUGCUGCACCGCUGGAGGGGACGACCGUUGAGGCUCAAACAGAGGCGGCGAAUGCUGCAGGCUUGCGCGGUGGUCGCCGCCAGCUGCUGGUGCAGCAGUAGCAACUGCUUCUAUCAGCCAGUCGACUUUUAUUUCAAACGAGGUAGAUUUCGGCGUGAGCCUCUGGACACUGGUGAGGUAUUUGGUGGAGAAUGCCCUUGAGUUUUCGGUGCUCCUAAACUGUUUUUAUUCUACCAGGUAAGUCCCACUGAGCAAUAUGUAGCUCUUUUUCAGAAGUGACCUGGCCACAAAUGAUAGCUCGGCGAAGUGGCCUAUAAUCACGUGAUGUUGAUUCUAUAUGUGGAGGGGAAAACCGAAGGAUCCAGAGAAAAAUCCACCUGACCACAGGGGGGAGAACAUGCAAACUCCAAAUAUACAGCAGGCGUCAGGGUCGGGAUCUAACCCACGACCUCCUGUAUACCAGUUGAGGUGGUUAACAUCUCACCACCGCGGCACCCAGAUGGCGGCUCCGACUUUGGAAGGUCUCGCUGACAAGAGGCCUCCAGGCCCAGACUCCCCUGGGGCACCUUCUCGGACCACGUCUCUUUCCUCCUGCCUCACUCCUGCUGAAUCUCUUUGGACGGUGGUCUUCCCGGCUAAGGCGAGAUAGCUAGCUAUCCCACUGCUGCUACCAGAUGAAGAGGAGUCCAGCACGAUGUGUACGUUUACUCUUGUACUCGCCAAACAGAAGAAACUUAAAUUUGGACACCUCGAGCGCUCAUUUAACCCAUCCCUGUUAUCCCGUUUUUGGAUCCAACUCGACCCUUUAACCAUCUCCACUUUCUUAACUUCUUUUAUGUUUAUAGAGAGCCUUAGACUGAAGGCGCCUUUACGGAGUUUAAAAGCGGGAAUCAGAUUUAGAUUUUCAAGGGACAGUACAAGGACCGAGGAUUGAGGUACCGUAACAGAGGGCACACAUGGGGUCACGAAAGGGCUACAGGGGAGGGAUGGGGGAAGGAGUGGAGGGGGGGAAUGGAGAAGAAUGUGAGGCUUUGAGAGGAAUGGAAGGAGGUUCAGGAGGUCGACUGCUUAGUGUCCAGGGGGAGAUAAUUCCAGCUACCCUAACCAUCCUGAAGCGACCACUCGCCCCUCCAGUAUUGAGUUUUUAACGGGCUUUUCACUCAAAAUCCUCCCCGUCAAUCACCGUUGAAUUACAUUUGAUCUUUAACCAAUCGGGUGCGUGUGCGAGCCGGAGCCCAGCUCUGACAGCUUUUUUCAGCGCGUGAUUGGCCGAUUCUAUAUAUCUGUAAUAAGGGGCUUUUUUGGCGUUAGAUCGCGUGAAUAUAAAUGUGUCGUUAAACUCGCCACCACCGGACACAGCCAAUUAGUAAGGUUAAUGUAGUUCUAUAUAUGACAAUGAAUAUCCAUCUGUUAAUACAGGGAUUCCUCUACUUAGGAAUAUUCGACUUAGGAACUUUCAGAGAUACGAACCAGCCUAUCCGUAUGUCCAGUUGCCAGUUUGGACCGAGAGUCGUAAGUUCAACCGCCGUGCAACAGAUGGCGGUGGUGGCAUCUACAUCUGCAGGAGAUUAUACAAAGUUGAAAGCCAUUCCCAGUGUUUAGUGUACAUGCCGUACAACAUGUUUGGAAUCUACAGGAGUAAAGUUAGGCUUAAGAACAACUUAUAACAGGCCUCUUGAACCUACCUCGUUCGUAAGUAGAGGAGUCCCUGUAUAUCCGCUUUGGAUUUCAAAUGACGCAGCCGGUCAAGCUGCUGUUUGGCCGCGAAGAAAUAUUAUACUAGGGUUAUUCGGGGGCGCCUGUGGUGCCCCCUCACAACCAUUUAUGGCCUUCGGCCAGGAAAGUCGCAAAAAAAAUUGCACACGAACGACGCAUUCAUGAUGCUCCGUUUUGAAGUUUUAAAAUGAAACAUCUUUAAAUUGUAUUGUUUUGAAUUAGAUAAUUGUAUUUCUUCAUUAAAAGCGUUUAUCAUUUUACAUCUGGAAGACUUCAUUGACAAGGACAUUUCGUGUGAAUUUUCUCUCGUCGUUAAGUAGAUGGCCUUGCUGGGGGUUCAGUUCAAUGCGGACUUUCACCUGGUUGGGAUUUGCUGGAUCGAGAUAAGGCGACAUAGAGCUGGCCGUGCGAGAAGACCGCCGUCUGCAGAUUGAUUCCAACGGAAUAGAACGUCUGUCCCUGCGCCUCCAUCCUUCAUGCAGGGGGCGCGUCAGUUUGCAGCACCCCCUGCAUGAAAACGACGGGAAGUGCAGCGUUCAUAUUAAUCACAGAUAAAGUUGGGCGUUUAUAUUUAUAUAAUACUCCUUUCAGCGAUCCUACACGUCUAAAAGAUGAAUUUGUGCACUGUGGAGGUAUAUGUGUAAGAAGAUGAAUUAAUUUAUGCACGUGUGGGUGCAUGCGUAUGAGAUACAUCCGUGCCCGUUGUGGGUACUACGUGUGUGUGUGUGUGGAAGGGUCUCGUAGGAACACGGGGUUAUGUUACGAUGGAGGUGGUGGCAGCGUUAUUCUUUAAGGGCCCAGUCGGCCGCAAGGGGGACCCGAAUCAACAGAUAAACAAGUAAAACAGUUCAUUGUGGUUGUUUUUAAUUUAUUAAUUAAAAAUAACCUGCGAUCUACUAUGGACCAAGCCCGAUGAUUAACGUGUCUGCCUGUCGGCAUAUCAAUAGAGCAGCAUCACGUUGCGCGAUCCACCCCCUUUGAGGAAAUCCU